GUGCGUGCUAUGCUCGUCCGGCUCUCGGCAUGGAUCUCUGGCUACUGCUGCUGUCGCUCCUGCUUGGCGGACGGCUCAAGCUAGGUAAUGGACAGACUACUAGCAUGGUCCAGCUGCCAGGUGGAAGAUUCCUUAUGGGAACAGAUUCUCCAGAUGGCAGAGAUGGUGAAGGGCCUGUCCGAGAGGUGACAGUAAAACCCUUUGCCAUUGACAUAUUUCCUGUCACCAACAAAGAUUUCAGGGAUUUUGUCAGGGAGAAAAAGUACCGGACAGAGGCUGAGAUGUUUGGGUGGAGCUUCGUGUUUGAGGACUUAGUCUCCAGUGAGCUAAGAAACAAAGUGACCCAGCAAAUGAAGUCUAUUCUCUGGUGGCUUCCAGUGGAAAAGGCAUUUUGGAGGCAGCCUGCAGGUCCUGGCUCUGGCAUCCGAGAGAGACUGGAACUCCCAGUGGUUCAUGUGAGCUGGAAUGAUGCUCGUGCCUACUGUGCUUGGCGGGGGAAACGACUACCCACCGAGGAAGAGUGGGAGUUUGCUGCCCGAGGGGGCUUGAAGGGUCAGGUUUACCCCUGGGGGAAUCGGUUCCAGCCAAACCGCACCAACCUGUGGCAGGGAAAGUUCCCCAAGGGUGACAAAGCUGAGGACGGCUUUCAUGGAGUCUCCCCAGUGAAUGCCUUCCCUCCACAGAAUGACUAUGGCCUCUAUGACCUCCUGGGCAAUGUGUGGGAGUGGACAGCAUCGUCAUACAAGGCUGCUGGCCAGGACAUGCGUGUCCUUCGCGGGGCAUCCUGGAUUGAUACAGCUGAUGGCUCUGCCAAUCACCGAGCCCGGGUCACCACCAGUUCAUUUGAAAGAUACUAGAAGAAUUUGGGCAGCACCUGUGGCUCAAGGAGUAGCGCCAGCCCCAUAUACCAGGGGUAGUGAGUUCAAACCCAACCCCAGACAAAAACUGCAAAAAAAAAAAAAAGAUACUAGAAGACUUUGCUGUUAGCAGCAGCAGAACAAAGAUUUACCAGGAACCAUGCAAGCUCCUGCAUACCGGGAGCUGACAGUCCAAUUGCACACACAUGCCAAGUUAAACUGCAUCUCAAAGUCAGAUUAAGCUGUACAUACUCAAUACAGCUACAGUAUGAAAUGUCCCAAUGAUACCAAAUCUACUUAAUAAUUUCCCCAUGUAUAUCCAGCCCCUAAAUAGCUGUUCUGGGUGGAACUCAAGACACCUCUACAUGAUUCGUGUCACAGCAGAGAUUUAUGUUCUGCAGUGAGAAUUCAACAGGGAGGGGCACAGAUGCUGAAGAGCUCCCUUGCCUGGAAACAUGUCUAAUAAAAAUGAUGUUAAGUCUUGAACACAGUCCACAGAGCACUUUGUAUCACUUGCAUCUGAUGCUUAGUAAUAAGGAGCUUAUCAUGCUAGCCCUGUUGGCACAGAAGCAGAGAAUGAUGAUGAAGAUGAUAAUAUCAAUCUUUGGACCAUACCCUAAGUGCAAUUCUGACCACUUGCCUCUCCCCUCAAUACCGCUGACCUCUCCCGUCCACUCUGGCCUCCUUACACUCAUCCCCAGAGCGCCAGUGGGAUCUUUGUGCAGAGUAAAUCAGAUUCCACCUCUCUCCCUCUCUGGGCUCUCCAAACUCCUACCAUGACUAAAAUGCCUGCAGAAUCUGGUCUUUGGUACUGCCCCACCUUAAAUCCUACCGGCCUCCACGAGCUCAUUCCACCCUCUCCGUCCCCACCCCUGGCUUCCUUGCCUCGAGAAGUGCCGACCCAUUCAGCUGUGGGGCCCCUGUGCUGACUGUUUCUUUUGCUGCAAGGCCUUUCUCCAGGCUUUUGCUCUGGUGCCUCCCUCCUUUCAUCCAGGUCUCUGCUCAAGUCACUUCCUAGAGAGCCUUUCCUGACUACUUUGUCUAAAGAAGCCCCUGUGUCUCUCUCUUGCCCCUCGUUCUGCUUUACAUAUAUCUACAGUAGUACACCCUUGUCUGCAGGGAAUACGUUCAAGACCCCUUUUAGAAAGUGGAUGCCUAAAACCUCAGAUAAUACCAAACCUUAUUCAUACUAUGUUUUUUCUAAUAUGUCCAAACGUAUGAUAACAUACUUUAAUUUAUAAAUCAGGCACAGUGAGCAAUUAACAAUACUAAAAUAGAACAAUAAUAGUAUGCUGUAAUAAAAAUUAUGCAAAUGCAAUGUCUGUCUCGUCAAAACAUUUCAUUAUGCUGUACUCACCUGUUUUCAAACAAUGAUGGAUGAUGGAAACUGAAACCUCAAAAAGAGAAACUGCAGAUAAGGAGGGACUAUACCUGUAAUUAUGUACAUGUACAUGUACGGUACAUGUAGUUACAGUGCAUGUACAUAAUUACAAGUCAGAGACCUUGUGUGUCUUUUCAUUGCUGUAUCCUCAGG